GUUUGUGAGAAAUUAUUUUGUGACCUGCGAGCGACGAUUUAAAUUAUUCUGCCGCCAAAUAUGCGAGCACUGAUUGCGCUGGCAUCAUUCUUAGCGCAAGUCGGAUUUUCAUCUGGAUCACAUGACAUUCGAUUAUCGUCGUCGUCACGCAUCACCACUCUCAGCGCUGACGUCACAGUAGAGGCAAGCAAAACCGCAACAACGGCUAUAAUCGAACUUUAUUACGAAGCGGAGGGAAACCCCCUGGCGGGCCAGAUCGUGCCAAGUAAAACCGGAAACAAGGGAGACGAACGGACGCCUUUAGUGUUCGAUUGUGGUUACUUUUCACGUUUGGGCGAAUACAGGUUCGCCCUUCAAGACCCCAUGCGAGAGUCACGUGUCAUGACCAACGUCACUGUGAGCGCCACCAAGCGACCAGAAAUCGAACUCAGGACGAAAUCAAAACAUGAGGCGUCAACUACCGACGUAAAGGUAACUGUAUCGUUACCUCCCAUCCUAUGUUCAUCAGCUGUGGUCAACCAGUACCCGACGUUUAUUCGAUUUCUACGAAAUAAUUCAGUCGUCAUGGCAACGCGUGAAGUCACAUUCCCGCCAUCUUCAGUCGUUUUCUUGUGUGACGUAUUCAACCAACCUGGUAGUUACGUCGCUCAGCUGGUCAUGUCUGUGCGUAAUAGUGACGUCAUAGUCGCCGAGAGCAACGUCAUGGAAGUCAACUGGAGCGGAGAGUACUCGCUUGACGUCACUGAUGACGUCACAAAUUGUCAAGGUGGAUCGAUUAAAGUAUUUUACAAACGACCACCUUGUGUGCCUCCCAAUGACGUCAUACAGGCCGUUGCCAUGGGUAACGACGGGGAGACUUUCGAUCUUGGCAACCGCACGACUCGUAGCGACGAAGAUUUCGUCGAGUUUGAAUGUCAAUCGAUAUUCGAUAAAUUACACAACAGUCCUGGCGUUUGUUUCCGCUACAUGACUUCUGGGGUUGCCAUGAGAACCGUCUGUAGGCGAGCCAAUACAAGUUUAAACUUUGGUGUAUCUGGAUCAUGGACUACUUGGUCCUAUUGGAGUCAAUGUGAACGACCUUGCAGUGUUUCCCUCAGCAGAAGGACAAGAACGUGCGAUAAUCCAAAACCUAUGGGUGGCGGGCAACACUGUUCUAAAGAUCCUGGAAUAAACACCGAGUAUCAGUUUGAAGUAGGACAACCAAGCAAUUCGGGUUGCGGAUUCGCCUCUCUGAUGACGUCAACGAAUGCGUCAUCACCGUGCAUGUGUGGUUGUUUUGUAGAAGCUUAUCACACGGGUGUUCUCACUUCACCGGUGCAGGGACAGUGUGGACAUAAUAACGAAGUUGUAUGGAGGUUCUACACUUCUCCUGGAAAAUUUCUCCGCUUCCGUUUGAUUUAUUCCCAACUUGUUGCUGGAGAACUGCUCACCAUCACUGACGAGUGGAAGACCACCGCUAUGAGGUCACAGUUACGCAGUGUGACGUCACAAGCAAACAUCGCCACCGUGCGGUAUAAACUACCGCCAAUGAAUGACGUCAUCGCAUCUUGCGGCUUCAUGCUCUUGUAUAAAGUAAUCGAUAGCAGCAGUUUGCAAACAACACCGUCGCCUAGCAACAAUACUGACGUCAUCAGGAAGAAGGAAACUUGGAUUGAUGACGUAGUCAAAAACCCUGUGAUGGCGGGUGGGAUCACUGCUUGUGUCGUCAUAAUCAUAGUCGUUGUAAUCGUCACAGUUGCGACUUGUUGUCGCUUAAAAAGAAGAGAUACAAAACGCACGACAGAAGUAAUGUCCAUGUCGCACCGUCUCACAACGCCACCUGACGGUAAAAGCUGCAGCAACAUCGUAGAAAGUGAAUCAGACAGACCGGCCCCUGUUGGGGAAACUGGUUAUUGUGACGUAGAGACCCCGGUGACCCCGAAACCUCGUGCAGCUUAUUAUCUCGCACAGCGACAGUUACAACUUAUGAAGAAACUCGGCACACAGGAUUCGGUUCAAGUUUAUACAGCGUCGUGCGCGAACGAUCAGAACAUUCGCGAACAAGAAGCGUUAUUAUUUGGAAACCUUCAAAAUUCAGAUGCCGCCACGUGACACAAGGUUAUGCAUUGCAGUGCAUGAGAUUGGAAGCAGAUUAAACAUGAUUCGUGUCGCUUGAACAUAAGGUGUAUAUGCAGAUAUCGUACUUGCUGUCAAUAAAACCACUCGUUCGUACUA